AUGUCGCGAAUCGAAGAGCUGCCAGAUGACUUCGAUGAGUCGCUCAACCUCAACGAUGCCCCUCCAGAGGUCACCCAAAAUCUCCCACAGCCUGGGUUCGACGCCUUCGCGCCUGGCAAUGAUCUUCCCUUCCCGAUCAACGAAGAGGGUCUGAAAAAGCGCCAGACUGAUCCAAAUGCGCCAGAGCUUCCCCCGGAUAUUGCGGCUGUUCAGUCGCAUACCACUAAGGAGUUGAUUGAUAUGAUGAACAAGACGCCUCUUUUCAUGACUGAUAUGAACAACGCUGGUGAUGAGAAUGGCCAGAACAUGCUUCUCGAUGCGCUUCAGGCCCUGCAGAAUGAAGGAAGCCGGGCUGAGGUUGCGCAAUCUUUCAAGAGCCAAGGAAAUGAGGCCGUGCAGGAGCUUAGAUGGAUCGAUGCCAAAGAAUUCUACACCAAGGCUCUUGCUGUCAUCAACGCCAAGGAAGAUAAAUGGGAGAAGCCGGAAGACGAAAAGGAAGAAGCAGCGCUACUGGUCAAGCUGGAGGAGGCUUCAUACAGCAACCGCGCGCUGUGCAAUCUUGAACUCGGAAACUAUCGCUCUUGUACUCUCGACUGUGCCGGCUCGCUCAAGAUCAACCCUAAGAACAUUAAGGCUUACUACCGCUCUGCCCUGGCACUUUUCAAGCUUGACAAAGUCGCCGAGGCUGAGGAUUCCGUGAUCCGGGGAUUGGCAAUCGACCCAGAAAGCAAGGCUCUCCAAGAGCACUCGAAGAAGAUUGCCGAGCGCAAAGCCCACCUCGAACGCAUCGCUGCGAAGAAGCGCGCUGAAGAAGAACUGCUACGCAAGCAAAAGGUAAUGCUCAGCACGGCCCUCAAAGCCCGUCAAAUUAGAACCCGCAAAACAGAACAACCCCCAGACAUGGAAGACGCCAUGAUCAGACUGGUACCUGAUCCGCUCUCGCCCGAAAGCACAGUCGAGUUCCCUGCUGUCUUCCUCUACCCAAUGGAAGCGCAAUCAGACUUCAUCAAGUCCUUCUCUGAAAUGAAUUCCAUCUCCGACCACCUGGAUUACAUCUUCCCCCUUCCUUGGGAUACCAAGAAAGAAUACACUCUCGGCAACGUCGAAUGUUUCAUGCAGACUGUGACCGGAGGCCUAAUCAAGGCCGGCAAGAGUGUGCCUCUGCUGCAGAUUCUCACUGGAGGAAAGGUCGAGGUCAUCGAUGAGCUUGUCAACAUCUACGUUGUACCUCUGUCCAAGACUGGUAAAUUCAUUGCGGAGAUGAAGGCUCGCAAGUCAGGUUGA